AAUGAAUUCAAGUUUUGUAGCGAAGUCCAGAAAUUCAGGUAAAAAUGGAAAUUUUUAGAGAAUUUAGAAAGCUCUGGCGUAGCUAGGGGAUGGAGGAGGAAGAAGGCGUUGUUUCUGUGGAACCUAUUGCAAUGAUAAUACCAUUAGAACUCAAGGAUUUGCCAGAAGCCAUUACGCUAGAAAGUAGUGCCAGUUCAAGCAUGUUUGAGGGGUUCGAUAAUCACCAUUCUUCUUCUUCUUCUAAAAGUCUGUUUUCUGAAGCGACGCCUAAUGACGAUGGGGGCGUAAAGGCAAGAAAUGGCACUCCAACCAUGACAAGUAUGGAAGAGAGUGUACCAUUGAUGGAUGCGUGGGAAAAUAAGCCUAUCGUUGGGAAAUUACACAAUAUUCGUAAGGCGUCGCAAGAUUUAUUGGCCAGAUUCAGAUUCAGGGUGGCACUCUAUCAUGACAUGGUGGAUAGUGCGACCAUCGUAAAGGGAUUUAAAAAAUUAGGGGCAAUGGUGAAAUGAUUUCAAAUCCCUAGGAUGAUAUUAGUUUGGGCUGGCAUUAGGAAUGAAAGGGCAUGUUCAGU